GCUGUCCGGCUGGAGCCGAGGAGCUGGAUAUCGGCGGCGUUGCGGGACGUUUAAGCAGCGAUUGCGGACUGUAUUAAGAAGAUCGGGGCUGUACCACGAAAAAACCGAAAAUGCUUACUGAGAUUCCAGCGGUCCUCUCCAACAACAUGGAGCUCUCCUCUACUACCAAUCUUGGAUUUAUCCAUGCCUUCGUGGCUGCUAUCUCAGUCAUUAUUGUGUCGGAGCUUGGAGACAAGACCUUCUUUAUAGCAGCCAUAAUGGCAAUGAGGUAUAAUCGGCUCAUUGUACUGGCUGGAGCCAUGCUUGCCCUGGGACUCAUGACAUGCUUAUCAGUUUUGUUUGGGUACGCCACUACUGUUAUUCCCAGAGUCUAUACGUAUUAUGUGUCGACUGCGUUGUUUGCAAUAUUCGGUCUCCGAAUGCUUCGGGAGGGAUUAAAGAUGAGCCCAGAUGAAGGCCAGGAAGAGCUGGAAGAAGUUCAAGCAGAAAUCAAGAGAAAAGAUGAAGAACUUCAAAGAACAAAACUGCUAAAUGGGACCGGGGAUAUGGAAACCGGCGCUGGGCCAACAGUGCCCAAGAAAAGGUGGAUGCCGUGUAUAUCCCCAAUUUUUGUCCAAGCUUUCACACUGACUUUCUUGGCCGAGUGGGGAGAUCGCUCACAACUCACAACCAUCGUUCUUGCAGCCAGAGAGGAUCCUUUUGGUGUUGCUGUGGGGGGUACAAUUGGCCAUUGCUUAUGCACUGGUUUAGCGGUUAUUGGAGGAAGAAUGAUAGCACAGAAAAUCUCGGUUAGGACUGUGACGAUCAUCGGAGGCAUUGUGUUCCUGCUAUUUGCUUUCUCUGCACUAUUUAUCAGUCCAGAUUCUGGAUUUUAACGACGUCGCACUGUGGAUGGCUGCUCCCUUUUGUACUGUACUGCUGUAUAUAAUGUACAAAUUGUAGCUAGAAUGUAGCUCUAACUAUACAGAACUGCUCAAUCUCGGAGACUAUUUUUGGAGUCUUUAUGUAACCAUCUUAUUUAGGAGGGGGAUUUUUUGUUUUUUUAGGACUGUCAGAUUUUAGUCAUUCAGAGACCCUCCUCCCUAACAGAUUAUGAACUUGAUUCGUAUUGGACUUGGCAAUCUUUGGAAAGCUGUCAGUAUUGGAUAUAGGAGUAAGGAUGUAAUGUCCAUACUUUAUUCCAUCAUUCUUUCUUUAAGAUAGAUGUUAGUUACCUUCAUACUGUGAGGAAAUAGGAACUUAAACCUUUCCGAGUGUUGAAACCUAUGAAGAAAUAUUAAUCUAACCUGAAGUAGCCUAUUCCAGCUGUUGGAGGACUACCCACCCUUGCACCCAUCUUGUGCUGGCCCGUGGAAGCAUUUAGGAAGAUAUAGUCCUGCAACAGUACAUUGUAUUUCGCUGGCCUUGUUGUAUUCACUCUGUAAUGUGCAGGAAAAAUGAUCAAAAUGGUGCAAUUUGGCCUCCUAGAUGAUUGGUUGAAAUAAGCUAUUGGACUUAGAGCAAUGAAAUCACAACAAGGCUUCCUGUGUGGGUGGGACUGUACACCCCUUUCCUUUAAAUUUGGAAUAUUCCAUAGUUAGUCUUAAGGCCUCUUUUUCUUCAGUUCAAUUUGAACACGCACAUUGAUGUCUACGGCAGGCAGCUCAGGUGGUGAAAUGUUUCUCUGCAUGUGGGGGACCUUAUUUAUUAACACUGGACAAAUUUACACCUUGGCAGUAACUCAUGGCAACCAAUUACAUUUUUUCUUCCAAUGGUCCACCUACAGCUGGCUGCCAUAGGUACUGCCAUACGUAUAGAUUUGCCCAGUGUAUUAUAGGACUAGAGACAAAUUAACGGUCAUUGUGCCUUUAGUGAGAUUAUUCUGUUACAAUCACAUUCACUGUUCUGUGACCUUAAACAGCUGUUCUAUUCCCUUAGUAUUACAGAAAAGUAUUCCGCUUUCCUACUUGUAUUCAGGGGAAAAAGGCUUUUAUGUCUGGUUUGCUCCUCCCGGGCAUUUAUUGCUUCUUGAAAUGAACUUCUAUGGCUUAUACUGAGAGUAAAGGUAUAUGAAAUGUAUUUGUAUAAAAUAGUUAUUUUCUGUAUUGUUUGGUUUUGCACCAAUUCUGCGCUGAUGGAUUCUUUUUUGGGUUUGUGCUACUGAAAUGCCUUAGGGUUUUGUGUGUCUGAUGCAUUCUCCCAAUGAACAAGAUUGUUUGCUUGUUCUACAAAACAAAACCACACAACAACCUUAGAGAGGAGCGGGUAAAAUGUAGAGGAGGAGGGCAGCACCAUGAAGGAACGCUUGUUACUUCCUUACUGGUAAUAUUUUCUGCAUUUUGAGUUGACUGAUGCCAGCUGGACUGAGCUGCAGAUCUUAGAAUACUUCUGAAGUGGUUAGUUACCCUUUAAUCCGUUAAACCAAAUGUCUGAACGUGAAGAAAGAUGACUUAUUAUUAUUAUUAUUAUAGGUGAGCAACUUCUGCAUGGGAUGUAAUUGCUGAAAGAAGACACUAUAAUGUGGCAGGUAAAUGUAUGUGGAUCACUGAGGUGACAUGUCUGUGUAAGGAGGACACAUCCAUUACUUGAUAAAGGCGCAACCAGUUGCAUUCGAUUUCUGACUUCUUCCUCAAUUUUCUUUUUUAAAUAUACAAUGGCUGUAGCACAGGCUCGCCUACGAGAAACAGGGUUGCACAAUGUCAUAUUGGGGUGACCUUAGCUUUAUCCUCAUCAAUAUCCUUUUGUCACAGGGUUUAUGAUAACACUUUUUUUUCAGUCUAUGGAGGCAGCUGGAAUGGCUGUAACUGGGGUAAUGUCACAAAGGUCACAAAGUCUGUGCCAGGUCUAGUAUCACACCACAGCCUUUUGGAUGUUUCCAACAGGUAAUCUGUAAAUGCUUCCUGCUGAUUGGGUACCAUGGGUUACUAGACCUGGACAUGUUUACAUUGCCCUUUAAAGUGUUACAAUAAUACGAUUUAUGAAUGAAUUAUGUCUUAUAGCGUGCCAUUCCAAAGGCUUUGUUAAUUGAAGAACCUUUUUUUGCUGAUACUUUGAGGGGGGAAAAUGGUUGUAAAUUAUUAAAACUAUUUUUAAGUGA